AUGUAAAAAUAAUAAAAAUAUUUUUUAUUUUUUUUUAAAAAAAAAAAACAAAACAAAAAAGCAUCGCCAAAUAACGAUAGAAUAUAAAAAAUAAGCGAAAAGUUAAAUUAUAUCCAAAGUAAUGUUUAUGAAAAAGGAAAAACUUAAAAAAUUGAUUUUACUGAAGAAAAAGCAAAUGACUUGGAAGAACAAAUAAACGAAUAUGAAGAAAAACUAGAAAAGAAGAUAAAAACCAUAAAAGAUACAAUAUAAUAAUUAUCCAAAUUUAUAUAAGAAGAUAGAUUUUUGAGAGAUUCUCAAUUUGAAAAAAAAUAAAAAGACAUAUAUGUUUUAGAUUAGAAAUUAUCAUAAUUAUUAGAGAAUGAAAUAAUAGCUAGAAAAGAUGGUGAAAAUAAAAUAUUUAGAAUAAUUGAUGAUAAAGUUAAUUUAAUAAAAGAUGAAAUUUUAAAUGAAAAUAAAAUUAGAAGUGACACAAUAGAAGAAUUACAUUAAAAGUUAGAAAAUGAAUUACCGAAAUUAAGUAAUGAUAUAAAUAAUGAAAAAAACGAAAGAGAAGAAAUGGAUUAAAAUAUAAUGAAAAAAACAACUGAAGAAUUAUUAAAAUUAAAUAAUAUAAUAUAAUAAGAAAAGAAAGAAAGGGAUGAUAGUGAAUAGUCAAUUUUUAGUAUGUUAAAAGAAGUUGUAAAUAGAAUUAAAAAUGAAAUUGAAACAGAAAAAAAAAUAGGGAAAAUACAGAAUAAGCUUUAUUGA